AUAAAAUGAACAUUAUUGCGCGUCAUUAUUUAUCUUUUGUGUUGAUCGAUCCGAUCAAUUUUUCAACUAAUUUAGCUCACUGUGAAUUCAUAUUGCGUGUAUUUCGUCUGAACAGUGCUUUAUUAUUAGACUUUUAAUAUUUAUAUUUUUUUCUUAGUUCACUUCUUGAUAGUGUUACAUCUUUUUAAGAAGCUAAAAAAUAAGGUAAAAACCAUUCUUUGGAACAUACUGGUUUAUUUUUUCCAUCUUUGAAAAAAUGGUAUUUAAAUGAUUGAUAUUCUCUAAGAGAGAAAAAUGUAUGAAUAAAAGAAAAAGAGAAUGCAUGGAGAAAGGAGUGUGUGAGAGAGAAAGAGAGAGAGAGAGAGAGAGAGAGAGAGAGAGAGAGAGAGAGAGAGAGAGAGAGAGAGAGAGAGAGAGAGAGAGAGAGAGAGAGAAUGAACAAUAUCUAUUUCAUCGAUUUUGUACAUUACGCGUUCCACUGUAUAUUUUUUACGAUUGCUUGUCUUACUUUUAUAUAUAUAUACAUAUAUACAUAUAUAUAUAUAUAUAUAUAUAUAUAUAUAUAUAUAUAUAUAUAUAUAUGUCGAAUGUUUAAUCACUUUUGUCAAGGAUCUAUGAUUGAAUAUAGACUGUAUCGUGUGUAUGUAUGUGCGCGCAUAUAUGGGCGAAUGUAAGCAUGUCGUAAUAGAAAAACGUAAAUAGAUAGGAAAUAUAAUUAAUUAACUGAAGAAAUAUAAAUGUAAAUUAUUAUAAUAUUAUCAAUAUUAUUAUCACCAUUAGUGCUACCAAUACUAUUAUUCAUAUAAUUACUAUUGCCAAUUUAGUGAUCACAAAAAAAAAACAAUAAAAAAAUAUUUUUGGCCAUUUUAGUGGCCAUUGGACGAUUGUGCAAUUCUCGUCGUGAAAUAAUCAUCGAUGGAUCUUCUUGAAAUUGAUAAAGAAAACUUUGAUAAAGAAUAGAUAGUUUCAUACAUGUCAUCGGAAAUUUAACAAUUGUUUCUUGACAAUUUUUACAAAGUUAAAAUAUUUUUGUAUAUUCGAUUCUGAAUUAUGGAGCAUGCAACUGAUUAUGUAGAAACUGUUUUUGGAAAAAAAGAUGCAAAUCAACUUGGAAGAACCCUUACGCACGAACAUUUAUCCAUGUCCUUCAUUGACUUCUACGUUCAACCUCCAUCUCAUUUGAAACAAUUUUUCGAUGACAAAAUCGAACUUCAAACUGUUGGAAUUCUAAAACAAUAUCCUUAUAGUAGUUUUUAUAAUUUAAUAUAUAACGAUCGAUAUACAGAAGAUGCUGUUUUGGAGGAUGUAAAAUUAUAUAAAAAAUUUGGUGGUGGUACUAUCGUGGAAAAUAGUAAUUAUGGUUUAAAACGCAAUAUUCCAUUCAUGAAAAAAGUUAGUGAAGCUACCGGAAUUAAUAUCAUUGCCGGGACUGGUUAUUAUGUUAGUGCGACUCAAACUAAUGAAAAUUUAUCAAAAGAAGAAAUGUAUGAUGUAAUUUUAAAAGAAAUGACUAUUGGUUGUGAAGAAUCUCCUGAUGUAAAGGCGGGAUUUAUUGGAGAAAUUGGAAGCACUUGGCCAAUCACGGCUUUUGAAAAACGGGCUAUUCAAGCAACUGCGGAAGUUCAACAGCAAUUAAAAUGUCCCGUCAGUUUCCAUCCUGGAAGAGAUUCUGCAGCACCUUCUGAGAUAAUGAGAAUCUAUCAAGAAGCUGGUGGAGACGCGAAAAAAGCUAUUCUCUCUCAUCUCGAUCGAACUAUACUUGGUCUAGAAGAACUUUUGGAGUUUUCUGAUAACGCGAAAUGUUAUUGUCAAUUCGAUCUGUUUGGAACCGAAUGUUCUUUUUAUCAAUUAAAUCCAUCAAUUGAUAUGAUAUCUGACGCACAACGGAUUGAGCGUGUUAAAUAUUUUCGAGACAAUAAAAAAUUGGAUCGCGUACUGUUAAGUCAUGAUAUUCAUACGAAGCACAAAUUGAUAAAAUUUGGUGGACAUGGAUUUUCUCAUAUUUUGAAUAAUGUUAUACCAAAAAUGAUGCUGAAGGAUUUUGUUCUUGAAGAAAUCGACAUGUUAACUAUUCACAAUCCAAAAACUUGGUUGAUAUCUUAAUUAUUUUAUGGAAUAUAUCAUAAAAUCAAAUUAAUUUUUAUACUAAGUUAAGGGCAAAAGAAUAUAUUUGUAUUCAUAAAAAAUUCUAUAGUAAAUAAAUUUUAUAUCUAUAAACA